AUGUGUGUCUGGAGAAUUCUAGCGCUUUUUUCCUCUGUAAUUGCAGAUUCGAGAAAGUGUUCAAACAGAUCGAGAUACUGUGCUUAUUUGACGAAAAAUACUUGGAUUGGGGCUUCGAAAAACGAGUCUUGUGGAAGUUGCUUCGAUGCGAAAAUUAAAGUUGAUUUGAAUGAAGUUUUUGAUGGUUAUUGGUUCACAAGCGAAGACAACUUAUACAUCGCGUUCAGAGAAAAAGUGGACUUUACUGAAAGAAAAGUAGCUUACUGGAAGGAAGAAGGAGAGAGCUUUAUCUAUAAAAUAUCUCUUCCGAAAGAAUCAUCGUUUGGAUAUGGCAAUACUCUUAUUGAACUGAAUCUUCAAUUCAUGACGAGAAAAUCAAUCAGUUCAACAGACGAGAUUUUCGCUUGGAUAAUGAUUUGCCCCUGCAGCGCUAGAAACAGCGACGAUCCAUGUGCCGCAUCGGAGGAUCCGUUGGACAGCUUCGAUGGAAAAUUUUGCCGAUCAAAGAAAAAGGGGAAGAAGGUUGUUUGCAUGGCACUUUGCGAUAAGGAAGGAAAGAGAAAAAUGGCACAGCCAAAUACUGCUGCCACUUGUUAUCGCGAAUCGGAUACACACGCGGCUGGAAGGUGGGAAGUCCUGAGAAAUCGAAUUGGAUCCUGCUGA